AUGCUGGUGAGGUGCAUUUUGAGGCUGGGCUUGCUGUUUGUCACUCUGUCUCUUGCCAUCGCCAAGCACAAGCAAUCUUCCUCUUCCAUCUUCACCAAAAGCUGUUACCCCAGGGGAACACUGUCCCAAGCGGUGGACUUGCUCUAUAUCAAGGCAGCCUGGCUCAAAGCAACUGUCCCUGAAGAUCACAUUAAAAACAUAAGACUGUUGAAAAAGAAGACACAAAAGGCGUUCAUGAAAAAUUGUAGAUUCCAAGAGCAACUUUUUUCCUUCUUCAUGGAAGAUGUUUUUGGUCAACUCUGAGUUUAUAAGGAAAUGCACUUUGUGGAAGAUUUUCACAGUUUCAGGCAGAACUGGAGCCGCUGUAUUUCCUGUGCUUUAUCAGUUAAACAGACGAAAACCAUCACUAGGAUAAAAAGAAAGUUUUAUGGGAUUGGACACAAGGGGGUCUACAAAGCCAUCAGUGAACUGGAUAUUCUUCUUGCCUGGAUUAAAAAAUUCCUGGAAAGUGUUAAGUAA